CUUCUCACCACAUUGAUAUAAACAGCAACCCAAGAACCCCACCCACAAAAUCAAGUUUCGCUCUCUCAUCUGCUGGGUAAACGCGACAUGAUGCAACUGUUCCGCCCUCCGGGUGCAGAUCCACUCGCAACGCGCGCCGAUACUUGGCCGUACAUCCACAACAUCUGUGGCUAUCUGGCGCUCGACAAGAAUAGCCUCUAUCGCAACUACAUCCAGCUUUUCGAGAACGGUGCACUCGAUGAGGCUACACUUUCCUCGAUGAUUCGCGACAGCCAUAUCUUCGACGACAACUUCGACGCUGAGCUCCUCCAUGACGAUCUCAUCAUCAUGAUUCUACUCAACAAGGCAGACGACGAAUUCCAAGCCACAGCCGCGCCUGAACCUGCCAGUCACUCCAUGGCUCCAUUCCAGUACUAUUUGGAGCGUGGCCAUGGAGUUGCGCCUGUUCUACCUUCCCAGUUCCAGCACGACAAGAUAGGCACUCGAUUGAAUAACGAGAUAAAACCCUCGUCGGAGCUAUCCUCGCCUCCGCCAUCCCCACCUGAGGCCACACCCGCGAAGCGAAUCAGAAAGACCGUCGGUGGUUGGGAGGAGAGGAUGCUUACGCAAGAGGCCGAGAGCUUUCUCACGAAGGGAAAGCGGUCGAUUCGGGGACGGAAGUCAUCGCGGGGCGUGGACUACCAUGAGCAGUCAGAUUGAUCUUGAGAAGCCGUCUAGGUGAGCUUGAUUGAGGAUUUCCGCAUAUAAUCGGUCAUGAUAUUUUGGAGGAUUAUACUACCUGGUUGGAGCAUCAAGUUUUGUACUGU